CUUAAGUAGUUUCCAUGUUGAGACGGGCGAGUAUUUGUGGUAGUGUUUAUAAUGCAUUUAUUAUUCAACAACUGAUAAGAUUAACUUAAGAUUUAAACGUGGGUACAAUUUCAUUUGUUUACAUUUUAGGUACGUUGCUAACUUUCUUACUGUCAACAGCCUCUGUGAAUUUUUGUCAUGUUUUUCGUGGGAUGUUGUGUUUUUCAUCAGUGAAAUGGAAUCAGUCAACAUUGUGAGAGUGUCGUGGGACUGUGUUCUUACUUUUCUUAAAACUGCAUCCCCGUAAGCCUGCUGGAAAACUUUCUUUGCUAUGGAAUCUAUUGGGAAGUUUGAGUUCAGUAGGAAAGACCUUAUUGGUCAUGGAGCCUUUGCUGUCGUGUUCAAAGGCAGACACAGACAGCGUCAUUGGGAAGUUGCCAUAAAGUGCAUCAACAAGAAAAACCUGGCCAAGUCACAGUCACUGCUUGGUAAAGAGAUCAAAAUACUAAAGGAGCUUAAACAUGACAAUAUUGUUCGGCUAUUUGAAUAUCAGGAGAUUGGAGGCUGUGUCUAUCUAGUUAUGGAGUACUGUAAUGGAGGAGACCUCGCUGAGUACCUUCACUCAAAGGGCACCCUAAGUGAGGACACAAUCCGCAUUUUUCUUCAGCAAAUAGUUCAAGCCAUGAAAGUCCUACAGGGUCAAGGCAUUCUGCACAGAGACCUCAAACCUCAAAACAUUUUGUUGUGCCAUGGUGAAAGACGAAGAGCAAGCUCUCUCAACACAUGCAUAAAAAUAGCUGACUUUGGGUUUGCUAGGCACCUCCAGACAAACACUAUGGCGGCCACUUUGUGUGGCUCUCCUAUGUACAUGGCGCCAGAAGUCCUCAUGUCCCAGAACUAUGAUGCAAAAGCAGAUCUGUGGAGUAUUGGGACCAUUGUUUACCAGUGUCUGACGGGAAAGGCCCCAUUUUAUGCCAGCACACCACAGGAGCUCCGUCUUUUUUAUGAAACCAACAGGACCCUCUUGCCCAGUAUACCAAAGGAGACCUCUAGUAAUCUACGACAUCUCUUGCUGGGACUGUUGCAGAGAAAUCCUAAAGACCGGAUAACUUUUGAUGAAUUUUUCCACCAUCCUUUCAUGAAAAUGGACUCAUCAUCCAGAAAAAGUGCGCCAACAGUGUUGUCAUGCCCAAGCAGUGGCUCCUCUAAUUGUGGCUCCUUAGCCUCGCAUCCUGCCUCCUCUCCAGAUUCUUCAGGAUUUCCAUUAACAGAAGGAGCUGAAGAUCAUAGGAAUGUCUCAUCCUUCACAGACGAAUAUGUCAUGGUGCCUACCCAAUCUCCCAGUGAAUACACAAGUGAUGCAGAAUCAGAGUCACCUAUUGCGAGUUGUCUGAUCAACAGUGGAGGCUCCUUGGUGUUAGAAGUCAAUAAAACAACAGUAGGCAUGACACCACCACACUCUCCUCUCCUUUCCCAUCCUUGUACUUCUGACAGCAAAGCUCUAACAGCCUCUUCUUGCAAGGGCAACCGUUCCUUGCCCAUUCCUGUGCCUACUCAGAUCCACAAUUAUCAGCGAAUGGAACAGAAUCUGCAGCCGGCAGGUUUGCAUGGCUCUACCAGAGUCAAGCUUUGUUGUGCUAAAAAUAGCAGUCUACCUUCAGAGUUCGCCACAGGAGGGGCAAGGCCACAGCAAUCGUCUCCUGAAAGUGGAGCUACACCACAGGUCCCUGAGCCGACAUUACCACUCGGCACCAGGACAUUAUUGCUAACUGAUAUAAAAGAUGGUCUACUGGGGGUCCCCAGUAACUUGCACAAAAGGAGAAGAACAGUUGGGGAUUUGCCAUCUCUUCGCCAGUUUGUUCCCUAUAAUAGCAGCAAAGGUCAUAUUAAAAGAGCAAUAAGCACUACCAGAUUGUCUGAUAUGCUUCUGAAAGCAGCAUAUGAAGCUACUGUUUUGGAUGGAGGAUCACAGGAGAGCCUGUGUGAGACAGAUAUGGAUGGCUCCCCUGUAACUGUGUUCACAAUAGAGUCCCCAAGACGAGGAAGUGUUCCAGCAGACACAAGGAUGCUACCUGCUGGCUCACCCAAUUAUAAGAGCUCUCCCUGGAUCAGCAGUCGCCCCCUUCAGAGAGGAAAUCAUAAAAACAGUGAAACUGAAGCUAUGGAUGACAGUCCUCUGACCAAUGUGGUGUUUCAUCCUCCACAGCUUCCUGAAGAUACACUGAUGGAGCAAUCUCAUACAGAUUCGCUGAAUAAUCUACGUUUUACUCUGGCUUUUGUUCACUGCAUUAUGGAGUUAGCAAUGUCAAAAGAUCCAAGUCUGAAUACCACCAGCAGCCCUGAUGUUUCCUUUUUGGAACAAAGCAUGUUGACCGAUCAAAUCAGCCUUUUAAGUCGAGAGUGGAGUUAUGCCAGUCAAUUAGUGCUAUACAUGAAGGCUGAAGAUUUUCUUUCCUCAUCCUUACAUUCUGCCAAAGAAGAUAUCAAACAAGGCCAACUCCUCCCCUCUGCAACAGUAAAACAAGUAAUUCGGAGACUUAAUGACAUGUACAAGUGCUGUGUGUCCAACUGUCGCUCACUCAAUGAUCAACUGCAAAACUUCCUUCUUGACAAACAGAAGCUCAUUGAUCGCUUCAAUGGAUUAACAGCAGAGAAGAUCAUUUAUAGCCACACAGUUCACAUGGUGCAGUCUGCUGCCCUUGAUGAAAUGUUUCAUUAUGGGCUAGCUUCGAUACAGAGAUACCAUAAGGCCCUUGUUCUUAUGGAGGGCCUGUCAAGAAUCCUCACAGAAAAAAAUGACAUUGACAGUGUUGAGAAAUGUAAACAGUGCAUUGAGAGGCGGCUGUCAGCUCUUCACACCUUCUGAUGUUCUAUGUGUAUGUCCAGAAAUAUUUACCUUUUUCUGUCCUUUUGCUGAUUGAAGCACUUUAUUACAGGAGCUGACCACAUGUAGCAUCUGUUUAUUUCCCUUUUUAUGGCUUUUGAUUUAUAUUUUAUUAUGCUGGACAUACUUGAACUCAGCUGGUGUAGCCUAAUUAUUUAAUUACUAAAUAUGAAUCAGGUUAAUUAUUGUGCUAGAUUUGUGUUUAGCAUUUUGCACAGGCAUACAUCUGAGAAAGUUUUCAAUGGGGUUUACUUGAAACAAAAAUGUUUAUUGUACAGUAUUUAUUUUUAACUGAAUUGAGCAGUGGAAUUGUACUUGAUUGUGUGAUUGACUGUGUGUGUUGUCACAUUCAAAGUUUGGUAAAAUUCAGGUUAACACUGACUCGGGUGGUGUGCUGUUAUAGUUUUGUUUUUUGUUUUUCUUACUCUGAAAAAAAUACGGUGUAUGUGUGUGAAAAUAAACACUUUACCCAUA